GCCAGUGAGCGUCCACUGGCUGAAGACGUGGCAGCGCCUGCGGUCAUAUGAGUCCACCCUUCCCCGAACGCAAAGCAUGUUGUGACAUACUCUGUGAACAGCCCCGGAGUUGGAAUAGAGACGGUGACCACCCAAAAAAGUGUGCCAUUUUUAGACGUGUUCUGCUGACGUCUACGUAGCUGAGAAUAGCUUCCGCUGUGAUUGGACUGUCCUGCACUCACUAGUCCCACAUUCUCCACUUCAAUGGAGGAUCAGCCCAGGGGUCGGGCUCCAGACACAAAAUACCACCAGGGCGAGGAAGACAGGGACUCUGCUCAACAUAAAACGUGUUCAAAACAUGAUCAGAGCCACUUCAAGCGCAAGCAUCAGAAAGCGCCGAAGAAGAAAAGAGGCAGUAAAGAACUGAUCCUCAACAAAGACGAGGAAGAGACUUCACACUUGCCCGACACCACUGGUGUUCCUCUCAACAGCAGUUUUAAUGGAUGCAUUAGUGAUACCAAUGUGAAGUCCAAGUCUCAGACGCUGGUCACUGCGGUUUCAAAAACUACCACCAAAAGGCUGGAGUUCAAAAAGAAUAUGGACCUUAAACAUGACAAGGAAAAGGCCCUGGAUGUCAUUCAUCAUGAGGGUCAACCUUUGGACAAGAAAGACUCUGUUUUGCAAAAUGGCAUCGCUCACUGUGGCUUAAUUACUAAUGGCUAUUCAAGUAAGGACAACGAUGGCAGCGGCUCUGAAGGUGGAUAUACUACUCCAAAGAAACGCAAGGCCAGAUGCAACAACAAAAGCUCAGAUAAUGUGAAUAGAGAGAAGAAGAAAGACAUGCACCGGAGCAACACAGCAGAGGCUUUGGAGAACACUGAGAAGGGAGUGACUUCUAGACUUGAUGGCCACAAAGCAACCCAUAAACUAGAGUCCCAGCCAGCAGCGAAACGGGCUGUUGCUUCAGAGGCUUCAGCUGGAGAUUCUCAGAGGAAGAACUCUGACAGCAAAGCUGUUGGCACCUUUUCUAAAAAGACUGAAGAGCGGCAAAAGGCCAAGCUGUGUUCCCCUUCUAAUGAGGACUCCUGGACUUUAUUCAAGCCCCCUCCUGUAUUUCCUGUGGACAAUAGCAGUGCUAAAAUAGUUCCCAAGAUAAGUUAUGCAAGUAAAGUAAAAGAAAACCUCAAUAAAGUAGUUCAAAGUGGAGGAGAGGCACCUCCUCCCACCGUGAGACCGUCACAGGUCCCCAUGUCUGCUAUGAAAACUAUCACCUCAGCUAGCUUUACUAAUGGUCCCGUUUCUGGAAAUGGAACUGGCUGCCCAUCUGUGGGAACUUUCUUUGCCCAUGCGGCUGGUAGUGUUCCACAAGACCAAGCUCUCCCAUGUGGCGAGAAUGUAGCAUCUCCAUUGGAAAGCAACUGUAGCUUUACAAACAGUCCUGUAGAUGGAGACGCAUACGAGUUGAGGAAGUGUACUCUUUUAAUUUACCCUUUAAAUAUGCAACCUGUGCUCCCUAGUGCUCGUCAUCUCGACCCACCAGACGCCCAGACAAAUCACAAAACCCUGGGCGAUAUCUUCCAGAAUCAGUGGGGGCUUUCUUUCAUAAAUGAGCCAAACCUGACUACAGAAGAGGGGAGCGGUCCAGCACCCGCAGAGGACAAGUCUACCAUGGUCAAGCCUCAGUGUCAGCUUGUCAGCGCCCCAUCCUUUCUAGAGCCAGGCAUGUUCAUAAAAGACUCGGAGAGAAGGACUUGCAGCCCUCUGCUGGAUGUUUGCUCUUCAGUUUGUGAUGAGGAAAACAAGCUGCAAUUGUGUGGUCAGGAUGGAGUCAAAGUGGAGGGCAAGAGUUCAGGGUCUGCUGUGUCCUGUCCUAGCAAGGACCAUGGUGCUAUGCCUGCACAGGGCCACACAACCACUGUGUUGUUUGGCUCUUCUAAAGAGCAGGUCUUCUCUAAAGACAUUGGCAGAAGGCGUAGCUGGGGCUCAUUUGAUGUUAAAGCUGCUGUUGCUUAUCACACUAAAGAAAUGGAAUUCCUGUUCAACUUGCAAAAACGAGAUCCCAAAAAAGUAGUGAUUUAUGACCUGACCGUGGACGGACCUGCUCAGUGACAUCAGUCCUGGGCACCACGGUGAAUCUCCUUGGACAUCCUAAACCUUGUUGGAGUGACAACUGUGAAAACAUUGAUUAGUUUGGCAUGCUGGAUUUCUUUCAGUAUCUCUGGUGGAAUAGCAGACUUCUUUCUGGGGAACCAUACAGACACACACACACACACACACACACACACACACACACACACACACACACAUACAUACACACAUACACACACACACACGGACAUGCUCACACUUGGGACAGAUGUUAAAGGCGUUGAUCGGUGCCUCUUCUCUACGACGGACACGUGUGAGUGUGUGCUGAUGGUUUGUCCCUUCGAUUCGAAUGAACGACGUUGAGCAACAGCGGGUGUUACUGUCGCACCUCCGAAGCCUUUAACUUGUCGAACUGUUGCAGCCGCCAGUCAAGAUGGCGAUCACGCCUCAGCCGUUUCAUUUUUUUAGUUCAAUGAUUUUUUUCUGUGUUUUUUUUUUCUCCAUGUGCAGGUUUGAGAAAUCAGACUGUAAAUGAAGUGGGCAGGAAGUGAGAACCUUGUCUUAUGAUGGAAUCAGAGCCCCCAAAUUAAUGAAAAGCUUGAUUUUUAUUUUUCUCUUUUCAUGUUAUGUGACUGAAGAUGAGUGUUAUGUGCACUGCAGUAGCCCCCCCUCCACCCUGCAGAACAGGUACAUCAAGUGCUCAUUUUGAAGGAGAAUCCCACCCCUUCACAACUUAAGAUUCACUAGAUAUCGGAGUAUGAAACAAGUCUUCUCAUUCACAACCUGUUAAAAUGCUUUUUUAUGAUGUUGGUGGCCAUGCCACAGCUCACCCUGUCCCCGUCCAUGCAGCUGCGUUCGUACAUGCUCAGAGAUGAAGCCCCACAGUUAAACAAAAGAUAAAAUGAAAGUAUUGUUUUUGUUUAAAAGGGACAAACAUCUUGACCAAUCUGGUGCCGAAUCUGUUUCUUUGUGUGAUUCUCUAUGUGAAAGCAAUACCUAGUUUUAGGUAUUCAGAAUGUACGUAUGAGGAGCUUUUUGUUUUUAUUUUCCCAUCGAAAGGGGACUGAUAUUAGUGUGUGUGCUCAAAUGACCUAAUUGUGUGUUUUUGUAAAUGUGUUCCUAAUUUGCUUCUUGUUUCUUUUAACAGUUAAUCAUCCAUUGUCGCUUCCUAGCUUAACAUUUGUAAGUCUGUUGACUGUAAGGAGUGAUUGUGGUGGUAGGGCUGCACAAUAUCAGAAGAGCGUGCUACUCACGGUUCACUACAUUUUUGUUCAUUUCAAAUGUUCUGGACAUUUUCUGCACCGGUUUACUCCUUUUCAACUGCCUAAACAUUGGCACGAGGUCUGUGGUGUUCAAGCAAUAGCUGUUGGUAGUGCUGUGGAUCAAAGACCAAUAAUCAACCUGUGGCUCGAUGUUUACACUCAUCCUAUCUGCUAGAUUAGCACUACUGCUUUGUAAGAUGCUUGAGCAAAGUGACAUUCUACAAUCAAGUGCAAGAAAAACACUGUGUGUUAACGCAUGCUGGUCUCACUGGACGCCACUGCAGGCUUCACUUUUGAAUAUGAAGCGCCAUUGUGUGGGAGACAAGCAGACUGAUAGGUUUUGAUAUAUUGUGCAGCCCUCAUUUGCCGGAAGAUUAUCUGACAAUUGCAAUACUUAAAGAAAAGGCCCGAUUUGCCACUUUGUCAAAACUAUGCUGAAAUGUGAAGCUGAGUUUGUGGUGUUUAAUGUAAUCUUUAAAAAGUCAGUGUGCAAUAAUGGAAGAGCAAGACUUUCAGUGUUUAGUAGUUAAGCUCCGUUUUCGGUUCCGCAAAAGUGGUCAAAGGGGGUUGUAGUUUGCCAACUUGUGACAUCAUCCUUGUCACUGUCUCCAAGUCAGUAUUCAGCGCUUUCUUUUGCUUGCGAGGAUUUGGUUCACAUGUAGAUGAUGAAGCACUUUAUGUAGACUUCUACCUUUGAGUUGCUCUAGAGAUCUAUACGUACUCAUGCUCCCUAAAAGAUGGCUCUGGGCUGUUACUUCUAGAAUAUUAAAUACAUGAUAAUUCCAUGUAUCUCAGGUAGUGUUGCUAAAGCCAUGUCGAGUAGUCUUGCGUUCUCCCAACCGACCCCAGUCUUGUAAUGUUGGUGGGAUUGGAUGGUGAGUCAUGAUCUUGCUCAGUUCGGGCUCUAAAUCUCUGAUGUUGACUCCCCCAUUCAAACGUAAGGAGAAGCACAUUGUUUUGUCUCCAUUAAGUCCUUUAAUUUGUUUUGAAACAGUCGAUGGUCUUCAUGGGGAGUCCAGUUGAGCAUUAGACGCCCGUGUGUGUAAAAGAGCGUUAAAGUCAGAGUUGGAGCGUUUUCCAAGUAUGCUAUUUCCAUGUGUCCUGAUUAGUUUUUCCCACUGGGACCCUCGCACUCAUCCAAGCCAAGAGUUCAGCUGCUCCUUUCUGCUUAAUUAAAACAGUUUUAUUCGGACAACGGACGUCCGCCACGUGCUAAUGAACGAGUGUUCAGUUGGAUGAGUGGAGAAUCGACGUCGUCUUGGCUGAAUUUCUUGGUUUCAAACGCACCAGCUUCACGAUUGGGGUUUUGGAGUAGAUGAGAGAAACCAUUACCUUGUUUAUGUGUGUUUGUUUCCUCCUUUAAUGGUCGACUAUUGUGUGUUAAAAAAUCCACCCCAAAUCCAAAUUUGUUAGAAAAUGAAACGAAUUUUUUCGUGACAAAAAUAACUUCCGUCUGUGCUUUUGCUUUCUCAUUGACAUGAGGGGGGAUGGUACAUUAAUAUACUGGUUACCUUGUACACAUCCUCAAUUCUAAUGAUGGUUUCUAAUGGACCUCAAACCCCCAAUUGUGCUAAAGGUGUGUGUGAAUUGUCCAUGUGGUGCUUAACUGUCCCGGAUGUGUGUGGACAUUGACACUAACAUGGUGAUGUAUUUGUCACAGACUGUCUUAACUCUUAUCAACAUGGACACUUGUUGCGACUACAGAAAUUGUGCUUGUGUGCUGUGGUCUGAAACACAGUAUUGGGGCCUGAGUGGUGUUUUUGGCUUGCAAAAUAUGAAGCGGUUUUGAUUUUAGAUCUAGCUCAGCUCUCACUUUACGUGGAGCUGGUUUGCUCUGUAGAAGAUCUGAGAGAGUUAAGACUGUCAUUGAUGGUGAGCAAAUGGCCGUUUUCACUGAUUUACUACUGUUGUUCUGACAUAUCCUUGCUUUUUUUUCAUGCCUUAGUUUGAAAUCCCAUGCUUCCUUGUGUCUAGUGUGCUAACUCAAGUUUCCUCUCACUAUGUCCCACGAGUUGUAAGAAGGCUUGCUAGCAUCCGUUCCAGCAGCCUACAAUGUGUGGUUCUAGUAAUCCAAGCCUUUAUUUUGACAUUGAGCAUGUGAAGAUGUCACAUCUGCACAGUGGCACGACAGUUUACGUGAUAACAUUGUUUGUUCUCCAGCUUCCUCCCAUGAUCUCAAAAUAUUAUGUGGAUUGUGGAAGAUACUUAUUUCAUGACUGGAGUUGCAUCUUUUGCUUGGCUGAAGUUUAGCUAUAUGUUUAUGUCAACUUGGGUUUUAAAGGUGGUAUACGUUACUGACUCAUUUGAAAUUGCUUUUUGUCACCGUUGUUCAAUAUCACAUCAUUAUUUGAGUGAAGUUGCAAUCCGAUGCUUUAGACUCUCAGUGGUCUCAGUGGUGCUUAACUGUCAGGCAUAUGGCAAAACGUCUGCCGUCUUCUGUCACAGCCUUCUGUUUUGUUGGUAUCAUGCAUUUUUAAGACACUUCCACAUGCAGCAGGUUUCCUCAAAAUGUGUGGAGUAUAGCAAGGAUGGUGCUAAACAUCAGUGAAAACGUGUCAUUUGCGCCAUCGUCCAAUGGUGUCAAAGCCCCGAAUUCGGCUUCCGAGUAAAUGUGUGUCCUGAUGAGCGUUUCAUAAUCAAGUGGUCAAAACGCCAGAAUCUUAAAAGGCUUGAAUUUUGAAGAGUUGCAUGAAUGUUUGAUGUACUGCACAGAGCUGCUUCAUCCAUGUCCCCGUGGCAUUGGCUGAGCCGUGUUGGCUGUACAGAGGUUGGGCACUGCUUGUAUCUGUAGACGAAACAGGGUGGGGGAAGGGUCCAAGUGGAGUCCCGCCAUCCUUUUCUAAAAUCAACCCCUCUUCAAGCACUUAGUCCAGCACAAGGCUGUGUUGAUUAUGCAUCAGAGUGAGACGCUGUGUUGUCGUCGCUGGCAAACCAAAUAAAACUAGAGCGAUGAAUCACUGGCUCCAGGUCUCACUCACCUCAAGGCCGCUCCCAAGCUUUCCCAGUUUGUCCGCUCUGGCCUUUUUCUAAUUCUUUUGUGAAGUGUGCGCACAAAGCAAGUUCUUCCUGUUAUAUGCAAGUUGCUGAUACUUCAGUGUCCCCACCUCCACAUGCAGGGGCGCGUGGGAGCGUGCGUUGUGUUACUCUUUUUUUUUUUUUUCAUCUGCUUUUCAGUGCCAUUUCUUCACAUCUUUCUUUGCAGUGUUUCGAUAUCUGGAAGUGACGUGACAUGAACGGCUGGAAGUGUUCUUGUUCUGUGUGUAGAUGUUCGGCUUGUGUUCAAGUUCAUUCGAGCUAAAGCCAAAAUCAGUUUGAAUGGGACGACGUUCUGUCGUGAAGUCGAUGUCUGAAGUAGCACAUAAUGAAACUGAACAAAUUUAACAUGCUUUUUAUUUUUAAGUUUCUUUUGUAAUUAUAGCAUAAUUUAUAUAUAGACUUACAAAUGAGGGCCGGGGGGCGAAAAAAGAUUAAGCUUAAAGAUGUUUUUGUUUUAGAUGAUCUAGUUGUUGAUUAAUGCUGAUGUAGAUCUUUCCUCUUUAACAUCAGUGUUAAUGUAUUUAAAAAAAAUAAUUCCAACUGAUUUUAUUGUAAAGUUGUUUGAAAAGGCUAUAAAUCCUUAAUUUCUGUAACGCAAAGAUCUAUCGCUAUAUAUAUAUUUAAAAUGGUCGUGUUUCUCGCGUGAGAAAUUAAUAUGCAGGUGCUUUCGCCAAAGGAACACUACAGUAAGAGCAGCACAAACCAUGGUAGAUGAUGACGGUGAGAGAGGAGACAGAGUCAAACAAACUGCUGCUUCUUUAUCCAGUUAUCGUUUCCAAAUCCUGUUUCACUGACAUUGUUCUAGACGAUCUAAAUACAGAGGGCUCUUUCUCUUGUUUCUGGACUGAUUCAACAGUCAAACGUGUCUUAACUGUUUGAGCGCAGAGGUGACGGCGUGUUCCGAAAUGUUUGUCAUCCUAAAGCUUUUAUUUUGUUUACCACUUGAGUCCUCCAGAGGAAGAACGUGAAGAAGCUCCGGGACAGCGUUGCUCUCUGUAAUGGUUGGCAGUAGUUUCAUGAUGUUAAGUGGGCUGUCUGAUUUGUUUAAUUUUAUUUUUUUUGUUGUUGAAAUUUUAACAAAUCUCACGUUACAAUGUUUGUUUUUGUUUUUUUUUGGAAGCAUGAUAAUACCCUCAAAAUCCAAAAGAUGUAAUAGACUCAACGAAUUAAAAAAAAUCCAGUGUUCACAAUUUUAGUUACCAUUAAAAUUUUAAAUUUUAUGAAGAAUUCA